CUCGAUGGCGAGUGGCACAACGUGAUGAUUACCUGGGACGGGCAGGCCGGCGACUGGACGGUGUUUGUCGACGGCAUAGACCGAGCCCGUGGCCGGGGGCUGGCGCCUGGUAACACCGUCCGGCCUCGAGGGAGCUGGAUCCUGGGACAGGAGCAGGACACCGAAGGAGGAGGUUUCGAAGAUUUCCAGGCGUACGUCGGUGAUCUUGCAGAGUUCCACAUCUGGGACAAGGUUCUAAGUCAGGAGGAAAGAAACUACGUCUUGGCAGGGAGGCUGACGGGAAAUUUUGUGGACUGGAGAAGCAUCACAGUUGGCACCCAGGGGAGGGUGUACUCGGCACCAUUCCAACCUGAGUGGCAGAGACCCUCUAGAGUCUCGCCCCCAGUAGUGGUCUAUCCACCCGGAGUCACUCCACCACCCGGAGGUGUAUAUCCACCCGGAGGUGUUUAUCCGCCUGGAGGUGUUUAUCCACCGGGAGGUUAUCCACCCGGAGGUGUCAGGCCCCCUGGAGAAAGAGUACCAAUCGAGAUCCCGCCCGGAGGUGUAUAUCCGCCCGGUGGUGUUUAUCCACCAGGAGGUGUUUAUCCACCCGGAGGUGUAUAUCCCCCAGGAGAACUUUAUCCACCUGGUGAAUACCCACCUGGUACAAAGCCUCCAGGUUCAUACCGACUCCAGUUUCCUGAGCCAGUCAGCACCGACAACUAUGCCGAGAUCGACACCAGCGAUUCCCGGGACUUUGAUUCUAAUGCCUUCACAAUCGUCUUCCAUAUAAGGACGGAUUCCCCGACCACGGGAACGGUUUUCUCCUAUGCGACGGAAGACGAGGUGAACGAGGUCCAGUUCUACGGCGAGCCGGAAUCAACCGUCUACAAACUUCGCGUCGACGGGCAGACCUCCGAUGACAUCAACAUCGACCUUGCUGACGGAAAGUGGCACAUCGUCGUCCUCACCUGGGACGGGAACCGUGGCGCCUGGACUGUCAGGGUGGACGACAAGGAGCCAAUCCAGGGAGAAGGUCUCGCACGGUUCCACUCCAUCCGCCCCGACGGGACCUGGAUCCUGGGCCAGGAGCAGGACACGGUCGGAGGAGGGUUCGAGGAGGAACAGGCGUUUGUUGGCGACUUGGCAGAGUUCAAUGUUUGGCACACCCUACCAACUCCGGAACAACUGGAGAAGAUACAGAGAGGAGAGAGGGAAGAUGGCAGUGUCAUCUCCUGGAGGGAGACAACCAUCACACCCAUCGGUGACGUCACACGGCAGCUAUACUCACCAGGAGGAAAGGUCCGUGAGCGCACCGCCUGUGAAAAGGAGGUAGCCGAGGCCGUGCCCAUCCCCGGGUUCUUCCUGAAGGAGUGCGAGCCGCACGGCACGUACCGCACCACGCAGUGCCACGGCUCCACAGGCUACUGCUACUGCGCACACCCGGUCGACGGGAAGGUCUACAGGGAGACUGGCGCGCGGUCCUGGGAGGGAGGCAUUCAGGAGGACUGCACAAAGUACUGGUUGAAGAGAGGACCAAAGACGGAGUGCCAGCGGGACCUUGCGAAGGAGUACCCGCCUGACGCGUGGAUCCUGUCCUGUAACGAGGACGGGACGUACAAGACCAGCCAGUGUUACGGCUUCACCCACUUCUGUUACUGCAUCCACCCGUUCAGCGGACACGUCUUCCAGGAGACAGGGUAUCUACCGCAGCCGGGCAGGUUCCAGAGGUUUGACUGUAACGAGUACUGGAGAACCCGCCAACCUGAAGGAGCACCCGAGCUGACUUCCGAGACAUUCGCGGAGAUCGUUCUGGAGGCACCUGAAGAACGGCCAGCCCCAGCCGCUGCCUCUCCAGCUUUCGGGUUUGUCUUGCCCAGUCCAAGAGUCGAACCGGGAAGGCCACAGAUCAAUGUCGUAGAGUUCUGCAUCAGUGACAAUGGUGAUAGGUACAGAGUUGGAGAGAGCUGGAGCAUGGACAAGUCCAACUGUACGCAGUGCAUGUGUGAGCAGUUCGGACAGUCCUGUGUGUCUAUCAUGUGUGCUUGGCCGUACUGUGGGCCCAACGUGUCUCCGGUGUUUGUAGAAGGGGAGUGCUGCCCUGGAUGUCCAGAACCAGAGGAGACAGACCGCUGCUCCAUGCCAGGAGAGGUACUGAACCCAGAGACUCGGGAGUGCGAGUGUUUGUCCAUCUGCCCGGCGAUCUACUUCCCCGUGUGCGGCUCCGAUGGGCGAGAGUACGCCAGCGAGUGCGAACUUAACUCCACCGCCUGCCGCGAGCAGAGGGACAUCAAGGUCGUUUCUCAGGUGUUUGUUGACGGUCCUUGUGAGAAAUCGCCAGGUGACCCUGAUGACAAGGACAACAUGGCCGUGGCGUUCUCAGCACCCGUCGUUUCGGAAGCCAUGGCGGUGUCUCCUACAUUCACCAGCGCCAGCUCCCCAGCUAGACUCUGUACGGAGGCGUCUGUUUCCUUCUACGAUCACUGCAGGAAAUGCAUCUGCCUGUCACCUGGUUACUACGCCUGCUCAUCUGACACCUGUGAGGAGGACAAGUGCUACCAUCCCAUCCUUGGAGACAAGUUUAAAGAGGGAGAGAAAAUCAAGCUGGAUUGUAAUGAAUGUGUCUGUUCAGAGUCUGGGCAAUGGCAGUGCACGAAUCAUCCAUGUCCUGACCCUAACGGAGACUGUCAGUUUGGCGCUAAGUACAACGUGUACACGAAGGUUUGCGAGUGCAAGUCGGACUGCUCGGGUACAGUGUCUCCUGUGUGCGGCUCGGACGGAUUGGAGUACGCGAGCGACUGUCUGAUGGAACUCCGCUCAUGCCAGAUGCAGAGGAGCAUCUAUACCACGGGAUACCCACCCUGUGCAGGUACAACUCUUUAG